AUGGAUUCAUUACCCAAGUUCCAGUUGACGUCCAAUGAUACGAUUCCUAAUAGUGUGAAUGACGUGCGCAAUGCCUUCCACUCUCAAAAAACGAAGCCCCUAGAAUUUCGAAAACAGCAGCUUAGGAGACUGUAUUGGAGCAUUAAGGACAAUUACGAUGCAUUGUUAGCAGCAUGCAAAAAGGACAUUGGUAAGGGUACUUUCGAAGCUGGAUUUGAACUGGAGUGGUGCAUGAAUGACUGCAUAUACGUCGCCAACAAGCUCAAUGAAUGGGCAAAGGAUGAAAAGGCUCCUGAGAUCCCUCUUAUGAAUGCUAUGCUUCGACCUAAAAUUCGAAAUGAGCCCUUGGGAAUGAUUCUGAUCAUUGGAACCUACAACUUCCCGCUCAUUCUCCUCUUCCCACCUCUCAUCGGCGCCAUUGCAGCUGGCAAUACUGUGAUCAUAAAGCCGAGCGAAAAUGCUCCUAACGUUGCUGCUGUUGCUGAGCGCGUGAUCACUUCCACCCUAGACCCAUCUUGCUUCCGCGUGAUACAAGGUGCCAUUCCCGAGACGACAACGCUACUCGACCAAAAAUGGGAUAAGAUAUUUUACACUGGUGGUGCCACCGUGGGGACUAUAGUUGCCAAAAAAGCCGCGGAAACCCUCACGCCCUACACACUUGAGCUAGGGGGUAAAAAUCCAGCAAUAGUGACCAAAAAUGCAAACAUACGCAAAGCAGCACACCGACUGUUGUGGGGAAAGAUUCAGAAUGCAGGUCAGGUCUGCAUCUCGCAGAAUUACACCUUAGUCGAGCGUCCUGUGUUGGACGCUUUCGUCGCAGAGAUGAAGGGCGCAUUAGCAGAGUUCUUUCCAUCCGGUACUCGCAACACCGAUGAUUACGGACGCUUGGUAAAUAGCAAACAGCUUCAGCGUGCAAAGAGCAUACUUGACAGCACGAAAGGCAAAAUAAUCGUUGGCGGGACCAUAGACGAAUCAGACUGUUAUUUCGAGCCCACUAUCAUCCUCCUCGAUUCAACAGAUGACCCAAUGCUACAAGAGGAAUCCUUUGCCCCCCUUAUGCCCGUCAUCCCUUUUGAUGAUCUUAAUUCAGCGAUUGCGACAGCCAAUUCUAUGGAAUCGACUCCACUCGGUCUCUACCCAUUUGGUUCCAAAGUUGAGAAUGAGAAAAUCCUCAAUGAAAUCCGCUCUGGUGGUGCUAGCGUCAACGAUGCCUGGAUUCAUGGCAGUAUUCCGACACUCGCUUUUGGAGGUGUUGGCGACAGCGGACAGGGUGCGUACCGGGGCAAGGCUAGCUUCGACUGCUUCUCGCAUCGCCGUAGCAUUACUACAACGCCUUGGUGGGCAGAGAAGUUGAUUGCUAUGAGGUACCCUCCGUAUGCCGGCAAGCUUGAGCAGUUCAAGAGAUUGGGCUCGCUGAAACCGAAUUUUGAUCGCGAUGGAAAGGUCAAGGUUGGAUUAUUGAGAUGUGUUCAUGUUUCAUAG